AUGAAGCUUUCUGAAGUUGCUGGAGUCGUCCAUCAACAACAGCAGCUACCCUCGGAAAUCGUUAAGAAUCUACGACUGAAUUUCAAGCCGAUAAAUCAAGACAUCCACAAGAAAAACAAAGUGCAAAUCCGAACUUCUCGUCACUACAAACCCGAAAGAGACGAUGAACACUGGAAAACCAAGUACCACAGACACCUUAGACAAAAAUCAUGUGGUUUUUAUACUCCAGCACACAUUCCUUAUCAAACUGUUGGUAAAGUUGGAUUAGAUUUGAAAGAACUUGUUGAAGAAUCUCUUGAUCAUUUGACUAAACGAGAGGAGCCAGAUUUGACGAUUUGGAAAAAAACCGACAAGGAAAGGAAAUCUAAGAGAAAGGAGAUAACCAUUCGUUUUGAAGAUAAGCCCGGCGUACAAGACAAGGUGGGGCCUAAGGUUCCAAUAUCCAAGAGAAAAGAAGGAGUCAAAUCACCCUCUUUUCGUUGUAAUGGUGGUUUAGAGGAAAUCAGAAACAAUCUUCAGGCAAUGACGUUAAUGAAGGAAGAUAAGGAUCGCCGCGACCCUUGUAUAUCUCCUAAACUACUUCAACAAAUGCUGACAAAAAUGAGGGUAGGUGAUCGAUCAGACAGCCAGGCCGAAGGGGAUGAAACCGUGGAUGGCUUACCUUCUGAAGACGCCCAUGUGGAUAUCAUGAACCAAAGGGAGAUACACGAUCGAAGCACGAGAACCCUAACUGCAAAACUAAAAUGCUUGAAUACUUUACUGUGUUAUUUAUACAACCUUCGUACCAAGGAUCUCAKAACUAAGACCCCCCUAUCAAAGGAUUUCCUUAAAACCCUCCUCGCAAGUAUUCCAGUAGAUCAUCGUGGUCACAUCAUCCGCAAUAUCCGUCAACAAACAUCCAACCCUCCUUCUAGAUCUCGAAACACAGAUCAUCGUGCUUCCGUUAACGCAAUAGAAUACCCGCGUACCGAGCCAAGUUUUCCCAUGGGGUCCCCCCACAUGUACUGGAAUGAAUCUGGCUCGUCUUUAUCUCGAGUUGUGGGUGGGGGAGAAAGCUCGUCUGCGGGAUCGGCCAACAUUUUUCAGCGAAAAUUUGGCACAAGAGUAAAGGAUGGAGGCCCCAAAAUGGGCGAAAUGACUUGGAGUGAGUUGGUAGAAGGGAGAUCACCAACACAGCAGUCUGGUCCUCCACCUCCAGAACCUUCCAACAGGAAUACACCAGGACGCAGUAGUUUUAUGCACRCAGUACGGAACCUUUUCAGGUUCAAAAAACCUGGACCGCACCACAACUUGCCGCAAAAUACUCCCAACACCCAACCAGUUGAACAACUACCGCUAUGGCAGCAAGUUGCCUCAAACGAAAAAAGUGCAAAAGAAGCAAAAUCUAUAAAGAUUCACCAUCGACCAGUUCCCAAGAAAAGGCCCGAAAAGAAAAGACGAUUUUCCAAGAUGAAUGAUAUCAUAGGACAGGAUUACACCCAAAUCCGCUUGAAAACAGCUGAAAAAGUGGUAGAAAAACUCCAACAGCUAGGCGAACAGGAAAGAACCAUAUUCACUCAAAGACUAAAAGCGAUCCAGCCUGCAAAAAUAUAUGAAUUGAAUCUCAAGGCAAUGCGCCAGGCUGGUAUGGAAGUUCACAAGGAGUACGAGAAUGACCAUGUACGACCUGCUAAAUGGUUUGACGAGCUCCAUGAAAGAGCAGAAAUAUUAGGUGUGCAAGAUGAGCCAGUCGUUAUACAAUCCUUGGGUCAGCUUCAUCGAUUUGCUGUUGAUCAAAUUCAGACUGUUGCCUAUGUUAAGGCUAAGCUAUGCUUGAUAAUGCAGUCGAUCCCAAUGUACGACUUAUGUUCUCUUGAGAUGCAAGAAGCAGUACAUUUUUUAAUGACAAGGAUUAUGGACAUUUCUUUUUCAACGUGGACAGACUGGCUUGGACAACGCAGAAUUCAACCUCUUCCACCAGUCUGAUAAAAGAUACUGAUGACAAACAAAUAAAAAAUUCUUAUGGAAAAAAUGAUAGAAUCGU